AUGGGUGAUAAAAGAAUACAAAAAUUGAAUUAUAUUAUUCAUUUUACUCAACAAAAAAUAUUUGAAACAAAAGAAUACAAAAAUUGGAUGGGAGAAUUUGGAAAUGAUUGUCAACAUUUAAUAUUAAAUGUUAAAGGACGUUUUCUUCCACUUUCGGAUAGUGUAUACAAUUCCCAAUAUAUGCUUAGCUCUAUAUUUUCUGAUGGAUUUCCUGAAAUUUAUCCCAUUGGUCAGGUUUUAGAAGGAGAAAUUAUCUUGCAGGAUGACGAUAAAUAUGAUAUUAAAAUUGAUAUUAAAGACAAUAAUAUUGGCCCUGUUUUUAUUCCAGAAUUUUUGAGACGUUUUUCUUUACGAGGGACUCUGGAUAAAAACGAAAUUAAUCCAAUUCUUUUGGACUUUAAUUGGCAACGUUUUCUAAAUGAUAGACAAAAAAAGGAACCAGUUGAAUUGCAAAAAAGAAUUGAUGAAUUUAAACAAGUUUAUGCGAAAACUUUUGACAAUUUUGGUAAUAGACCAAGAGAUGUAUAUCCAACAGUUGUUUUCUUGGGAACUUCUUCUGCCUGUCCUACAAAAUAUAGAAAUGUCAGCAGCCAACUUGUCCGAUUUAGUGAAUCUUCGAACAUUUUAGUUGAUUGUGGAGAAGGGACUUAUGGACAACUUUUGGCACUUUUUGGUCCUUCAAAUAUUGAUCAGUUUUUGACAAAACUUAAUGCGAUGUUUAUUACUCAUGCACAUUUGGAUCAUAUUCUUGGAGUUUUUUAUAUUAUCUCGAAACGUAUAGAGGCGUUUGAAAAACAAGAAAUUCCAUACGUUCCUCUAGUAGUUUGUCAUGAUGUGUCUUUUCUUCAUUUAUGUAAUACAUAUUCAGAAAUAUUUUUAGAUUUAUUCCCGUUUAUUGUAUCUAUAAGUUUACCUACUUUCUUUUAUGCAAAUUCAUCAGCACAAGGAAUUAGACAGCAUAUUUCUGCAGUUGAUUUAAUAAAACAUUUCCCAAAAAAUAUUUUUUGUCAUGAUGAUUGGAAUUUAAGUGAAGCUACUGCUUUUCAAGUUGAUCACACAAAAUGGUCCUGCGGUUAUUCAUUUGUAACUCUAAAAGAAAAACGGAAAAUUGUAUUUUCUGGUGAUACAAAACCAUGUGAAAAUAUUAUAAAAUAUGGAAAAGAUGCAGAUUUACUUAUCCAUGAAUGUACAUUUGAGGAUGGUUUAGAGGAAGAUGCUUCAUAUAAAAAACAUUCUACAAUGAAACAAGCUUUUGAUGCAAGUGUCAAAAUUGGAGCAAAAAAUGUUUUUUUCACUCAUUUCAGUGCCAGAUAUCAUUUAACUCCCCCAUUACCUGAUUAUAUUCUUAAUGCAGGAAAUAUAUCAAUGGCUAAUGAUUUGAUGUCAGUCCCUUUCGAUCUUUUACCAUUAUUUCCAAAACUUUUACCAAUUUAUCAAUAUCUUUACAAAGAUGAACUAUUUGAAUUUGAAAUGAGGAAAAUGACAAGAAUGGCUAAUAAUAAUGCUAGAUUAAAUGAAAAAUAUAAUACAGGAAGUUUUGAAGAAAUUUUAAAACAAAAACGCAAAGCAAAUUCUUAA